AAAUUUUAAAAAAUAGAAAUUUCUUUUGAGAAAGAAUGGACACAAAUGUUUUCUACAAAUCCGGAAAAUAUUUUGCUCAAGGUUAUUCACGUUUGAUGAUAUCGAAUCGGAACAGGCUAAACACACGCAGAAUCAAUUUUAUUGUGCUAUGCUAAUUGAAUAUUGGAUUCUCUAUUGCUGUGAUGGAAGAUGUAGGCGCUACCAUUUUCUACGACGAUGAAGAUGAUUGCAUGGAUUAUGAGUGUCUGCAAAACAAUGCGGAAUAUGAUUACGACUAUGUGGACAUGGAGAAAGAAACUCUCCACGAGUUAUAUCAGAAUUGUCUUAGUCCUAGUCUAUAUGGUACAGGAUAUUACCUGUUACCUUUAUUGGGUAGCACAAUCUUGUUCAGAUUGUUUGUUCUUACUCAAAAAUACAUAUCAAACUGGAUAUUUCACAUAUUAUCUGCAAUCUUAGGCUUGUUUGUUAUCGAGUAUUAUGUACAGGAAUCCUUUCCUGUAGUGAUAGCAUUUGUUUUAUUAUCCUAUAGUAUUUUAUAUAUGCCAGAGAAAUGGCACGGCAGUGUGAGAAUUUUUAUUCCAUCUUUAGUGAUACUUGCAUAUUGUGAAUGUUUGAUGCAACCAAUUGUAUGGCACAAAGUACGCAGUGUCAUCAUGAUCAUGGCAAUGAAGGCUAUUAGUGUGGCUGUCGAUACACAUGGUUCGAAUAGCAAUGUGCCAGAUUUUUAUAGCUACGUGGGUUAUAUGCUCUGUAGUGUAACAUGUAUUUUUGGACCAUGGAUAUCAUUUAAAGAUUACUUCUCGCUGCGUUACUUUAAUACUCAGAUAAAAUGGUCGAUACUAUGUGGUAUAGGAUACAUCUUUCUUUCUCUUGUCUUCCUAAGCAUUUCCAACUGCUGGACAGAAUGGAUAUUUGUGGAUAACUCUUGGAAAUGGUUGGUAGCAUAUAAAGAUGCGUUAUCUUUCCGAUCGUCCCACUACUUCGUUUCGUAUUUAGCUUCGGCGCUAUUAAUUCUGAGCGGAUUCCCCGUUUCAUCGUCAACGAUAGUCAAGCCGUUGAAUAUCGAAUUCCCAAGAUCGCUCGUUCAGGUUGUCGUUUAUUGGAACAUGCCUAUGCAUUUCUGGCUAAAAACUUAUAUCUUCCGUCCUGGUAUUAAGAAGUUUGGAAAAUUUGGCGCAGUAACCAUCACAUAUUUGAUAAGCUCUCUUUUACACGGAUUGAACUUCCAACUGGCAUCGGUGUUACUUAGUUUAGGGUUUUAUACAUACGUAGAAUUUCAACUCAGGGCUAUUCUUGCCGAUACUUUUGACGCAUGUGUCGCGUCUAAAGAGUGCGUUAAGCAAAAAUGCACUCACAAGUACAAUUCUUACAAUUCGUUCGUGUUUGUAACAAAUCUGAUAUUUGCCGGAUUGGCAAUGUUUCAUCUAGCUUAUCUAGGUCUCAUGUUCGAUACGUCCGACGUACAAGAAACUGGAUACAGUUACAGUCAUACCAUUAACAAGUGGACUGAACUCGGAUUUGCUAGUCACUGGAUAGCGCUGGCCACAUACUGCGUAUAUUUUUUAAUUAAAUAACUAAUUUUAUAUAUAUAUAUAUACAAAAUACAAAAGUAUUUCGUAAAACAAUUUGUAUUUUAACGCAUUUUUAUAGAAAAUAAAUCGACAUACGUACACAAAGCAAAAAUGUAGAUUGUUAAACAAUCCUCUUUGUUUAUAAAG